AUUAGGUGCAGAAGACUUACACUACCCAGCAGCAGUCAACUUACCAGGUAUCUGGACCCCACUUGCCUUUGGAAUCAGCUCUGGAGGGAGAUGAAUCCAGCAAUGUUACCAGCUAUGACCUUUAUGGUACAGUGCAUUUUCCAGCACCAGGAACUUCUUCAAAAGAUAUCCUCAAGGAUGGGGGCUGUUCAUCUGCAAGCUGUUUGGGUGUGACUGCCUCGUAAAAGCUGCAUGUUCCAGUACUGCUUUCUGCAAACAUCAUUAAUUACCUGCUCGCCUGCCUAUAAAAUAAUAGCAGAUAAACUAAACAAAACUCAUUUGCCUUGUCUUCAGGACCAGCUGCAAGAUCACAUCCCCUUGCUCCUACAAUGGGGAGUAAAGUUUCAGAGAUGAAACUUUAUCCAUUCCUCUGCUUUUGUUUUGCGUUCACACUUAUCAAAGCAGCAGAGCGUGAAACUUUAACAAAAAAAGAGGUCUUCGGAAACAUUACCAAUCGUCUCAUGAUAAAAGACAUAGAGCGUGAAGUUUUAAACAUCCCGGAAGGGUAUACUUAUCCAGACUACGUGGCAAAGGACUGCAGGGCAGCUUACAGACAUGGCAAAAGGCAAAGCGGGCUCUACGUCAUCCGCCCCAAAAACUCUCCCUUCUUGGCAGUCUACUGUGAAAUGGAUGAUGGGGGCUGGACGGUCCUGCAGCGCCAUAGUGCUGGUGAAAAUGAACACUGGUCCCGCCCAUGGGAUGCGUAUAAGUAUGGCUUUGGUCAUCUGCGUGGCGACCACUGGCUUGGCAACGAAAUUAUGCAUCUCUUAACAAGGCAAAAUGUCUUCAUUGUCAGAUUUGUCUUUGUUGACAGCAACGGCCAUACAAAGCAUGCAGAUUACCAUACCUUUAAGGUGGAUAGUGAGAAAAACGGUUACGCUUUGAGGUUAGGGGACUAUUCAGGUGAUGCGGGAGAUGCUUUGACCACAGUGGGUGAGGCAGGUAUCCAUGACAACAUGAACUUUUCCACCCUAGACAAGGACCAUGACAGAAGGCCUGACACUAAUUGUGCCGAAUACUAUCAUGGAGGCUGGUGGUAUGACGACUGUUAUUCUGCCCUCCUAAACAGUGAUAAAGGCAUUUACUGGAAGGGUUUGUGUACUGCAGAGAAACCAUGCAAGUCAGUUAAAAUAAUGAUUAGACCAAAUCCAAUAAACUGUAAACUAGGUAAGAAAUAUUAAUUAUUUGUUCCGGGUCAGCUAGUGGCUUUUUCUGCUUACGUUAGCUCAGUUGCAAGGAUGAUCAAACCAGCCGCCAAAACACAGCCUGUGUAUUUCAAGGUCUAAUUUUUCAUUCAGAGAAUUGUUAACAACAGGGUUGAACAUUUUGGAUCUCAACUUAAAUUAGUGUGAAUCAAUGCAGUUCAUCCAAAUUCAAUACAGUCGUGUUAAUUCACACCAGUUGCGGUUCUAGAGAUGUGAUUUGUUUCCAACAGGAAAAAAAGUAAAAAGUGGGAAUGUUCUUGUAUUCUCUGCUCUCUGAUGGAAAAGUAGCAUUACUGAUGAUUGACAGAGAACUGUAGGCCUGCAAUACAUGUGUAAAUCACAAAUAAAAGGAUGGAUAUCAUUUCCUUUCAAAUAAAUCAUUCCUCACUUAUGCAAGCAUAGACAUGAGUUGUGAUUUCAAGUCUUGUAACCACGUGUCUCUCCCAAACUGUCACUUUUGCUUAAUGGCUUUCUACGUUCUGCAAAAAUAAAAUACUAA